UAAUGUCGAAAAUAUAUAUUUAUUUUAGUACACUGGUGCUGGUGUUUUGAAUUGUAACGUUCUUUACUAAUGUCGUUUCUCAUAAAGAAACCAUUUAAAAUUAUCAAGUUCUUCAAUCAUUUUGUUACCUUGACAGAAGACGGGCUAUUUCGUGGUGUCAAAUGCGAUGGUUUUUAUCGUAUUUUGGAAAUUUUGGACAACCUUUGCUAGAAAAAUUGUUUAUUAAAACACAUGUGUCCUCCAUCUCCAAUGCUAGAAAGCCAUUUCUUCCAAAUAAGGAUGAAAAUAGGACUACCUCAAAGUCAAUCAAAGUAAAGGUCCUUCCAUUCAGUCUGGUUGAAGGAGGCAAACACAUUGUCAAUAUCCUUGAAAAUUAUUGUUCAGCUUCUGUUGUUGUGAUAUUUGUCAGGACCUUAGCACUAUCAGAAGAGUUGACUAAAGAACUGGCAGAAAAUGGUAUUAAUGCUAAGUCAGUGAAUGAAUCUUUUAAGUUUAAUACUGAAGACAUGCAUCACCGUAUUUUUGUGUGCAGUGAUAAAAUGGCUCAAAAAAUAACCUUGCCGCCAAGUGAUCUUCUUAUUCAAGUACAGGCUCCAUUAUCUGGUGUUCAUACUCUAAAGCAACGUCUUCAUGUCAGUAAUUUUGUAAACCACCAAGCAAAUGCUCUAUUUUUAUAUAACAAUGAGGAUGUUAGCUGUAUUGCGCAACUUGGUGAUAUCGUGGAAUGCAAAAGUGAAGGUUUGAUAUCCAGCAAUAUUUCGAUGAAAGUCGAGUGCGACAGUGAAAUAACUAAAGUGAAUCAUGAGGUCUUUUUACCUUCGAUUGUUAACGACUUCAUUAAGAGUCCUGCAGUCUCAAGAAAAGUUAAAACGGCUCUUUUCAAACCAGUGUAUCCAUCUAUGAGAUCAAAGAUCCGUGCUGCUUCGUUUGUCGACAGAGUACGCUUGUAUGUUAUAGCCGGUAGUGGUGGAAAUGGCAGUCUAGCUGCUAGUGGUGGAGAUGGUGGUGAUGUAAUAUUAGAAUGUCAACCAAAAGCAACAUUACGUCACUUUUGGUAUAAAGAAAAUCGACGACCUCAAGCAAGUCAUGGACAGAAUUGUUCGAUGAAAGCAAAGAGAGUUUGUGGGAAACGUGGGGACGAUCUACUUGUACCUAUUCCUUUGGGUACAGUUGUGCGGGAUGAUAAAUCAGGUCAAGUUAUCGAGGAAAUGAAUAAAUUGGGAAAGCGUGUUAAGGUAGCUUGUGGUGGCCGUGGGGUCUUCAUUAACACCUUCUGCUGUGGAGAGAAGGGAGAAAGAAGAAUGAUUACUUUGGAUUACAAGAUGCAUACAGAUGUUGGCCUUGUAGGUUUUCCUAAUGCCGGCAAGUCCACAUUAUUGCGGGCCAUUUCCAAUGCCAAGCCAAAAGUUGCAGAAUAUGCGUUUACGUCAACCAAACCGACACUGGGACGAAUCUCCAUAGAUGAUUCUACUCAGUUCACAGUUGUUGAUUUACCUGGCUUAAUCGAAGGCGCACAUAAAAACAAAGGACUGGGGUUGAAGUUCUUGCGUCAUAUUGAAAAAGCUAAAAUAUUGAUAUUUGUGGUGGAUAUUAAUGGUUUUCAACUAUCAAGCACGCAUCCUAAAAGAUCACCAUUUGAAACAACUUAUUUACUGGCUCAGGAAUUAACGUUGUAUAACGAAGAUGUAUUAAGGAAACCGAAGAUUUUAGUAUUUAACAAAAUGGACUCUGCCGAAGCGGAAGAAAAUUAUCGGCUAUUUUGUGAAAAGAGUAAAACUAAUCUCGAGAAAGGUAGCAUCUUUAUGGAAGAAAAAGUCGAUGAAGAUAAGAAACAGCAUAAAAGUAAUGUUCAAAACAUUUAUUUUAAUCGCAUUAUUACACUAUCUGCCUUGUAUCAAACAGAUAUAAACAAGAUAAUUUGCUCAGAAAUUAAUCAACUAAUGUUAGAAUUACAAACCGAAAGUAAUUACUAACAACGUCACAUGAUAUUAAUGAAUGACAUUUCAAUGACAUACGUCACAUUAUACGGAACAAAUGUUAAGUGCUAUAUUAAUUGACGUAAAAUUAUGGCGCGCCGAUGCAGGCAAAAAUACUUUUUCUAAAGAUGAAACUUCUAUUUCAAAUUUAUUACUAUGUUUAAUAUAAAAUUAUAGUACUUCUGAAAAGUUUAAUACUUUAUUGCUGCCUGCAGUACGCCUAAUGUAAUUUCCUGCAAAACUUCAUGCUGUCGAAUUUCGAUGUAAGUUGUAAGAUGGUGGAAGAUAUUGAAAUCCUCGAUCGUGAGAACGUUGGAGUUAGUGAUUUUAUAAAUAUUCUGGAACAUGGGAAAGAGUUGUAUCAAGAAACAAAGGGAAAUAUGUUUUCGGCUUCCUUUGUAGAGGCUGAACAUCUUAAUAUGCAGACAGAACAAUUUAUAAAUAAAAUUUAUUAAAUAUAUAAUAUAUUAUAUUACAUUAUGAAAU